AUGGUUUCCACGGGCAGAGGCGGCGCAGGGAACAUUGUCUCCGAAAAAGAGCCCGAAACCCACCAGAUAACUUCCAAUCACAAGCACCAUAACGAUCAUAGACAUGAGGACAGAGAGGGCCGUUCUCACGACAAGCAAUACUAUGUUUCCACAGGCCGUGGAGGAGCAGGCAACAUCAAGCGUUCCUCCUCGAUUCCUCUGCCUAAGCUAGUGCCUCAAGGCAGCAAUACGCCCGCGAUUACACAGAACAAAUUCACCACAGGUCGUGGAGGAUACGGCAAUAUGGUGGAAAAUGAGGACCCAGAGUUCACGCGGAAGCUCCAGGACGUGGAUGGCAAAAAAACGGAGGAUGAUCUUCAGGCAGUAUCGUCUGCCAAGUCGUUCAGUGUAGGACGGGGUGGUUUUGGCAAUGUCGUGUCUGCUGAACACAGCGGCGACCUGAACAACAGCAACAACUUGUACACUGUGGUGAGCCAGGGGUCGAGGCACCAGGAGGAGAAGAAGGGCUUCGUGGAGAAGGUGAAGGGCUUCUUUGGGUCCUAA